AUUCGUAAGAAAGGUUAAAGCAGAACUCAUCGUAACUCGACAUAGAAUUUGCUUCGUUGUUUCUGUUGAGGCUGAAGGAUUCACCUUCAUUUCUUUGGUUUCUUAGACAAUUUAAAUUUAGUUGAAAUCAAAAAAAGAAGAAGAAUCCCAUUUCUAAUUCUCUAUCUCGUGGAUCUAGAUUAUCUGCCUCUCCCAACGAAUCGGCCGGGAUCAUUUCGGCAUAGGGGUUAGGGUUUGAAGGGUUCAAGAUUUGUUCUUUCCCAAUCAUUUUCUAUACUUUGUAGAUAUGAGCUUCCAGGAUCUGGAAUCCGGUCGGCAGCUUCAGGGUAGGAAGAAUCUCAUCAACGGCAAGCAGGAUCCAACACAGGCCGUAGCCGCCGGAGUGUUCCAGAUCAACACUGCCGUUUCCACGUUCCAGCGUUUAGUCAACACGCUCGGAACCCCAAAGGAUACACCUGAGCUUCGCGAGAAACUGCACAAGACACGGCUGCAUAUUGGGCAGUUGGUGAAGGAUACUUCAACAAAACUUAAACAAGCUAGUGAAAAUGAUCACCAAACAGACGUUAGCCCUAGUAAGAAAAUUGCUGAUGCAAAGCUUGCCAAAGAUUUCCAAGCAGUGCUGAAAGAGUUUCAGAAAGCUCAACGCCUUGCAGCUGAGAGGGAAACAGCAUAUGCUCCUUUUGUACCCCAAGCAGUUCUUCCUUCAAGCUACACUGCAAGCGAGGUUGAUGUCAGUUCUGAAAAAACACUAGAGGAGCGUGCUCUGCUGGUGGAAUCUAGAAGGCAGGAAGUACUGCUACUGGAUAAUGAGAUUGUCUUCAAUGAGGCUAUCAUUGACGAGCGAGAGCAGGGAAUUCAAGAGAUUCAGCAGCAAAUUGGCGAGGUGAAUGAGAUUUUCAAAGAUCUUGCCGUGCUGGUUCAUGGUCAAGGAGUUAUGAUUGAUGAUAUCGAGUCCAAUGUUGAAAACUCACUGGCGGCUACAACACAAGCCAAAACUCAACUAACCAAAGCAUCAAAGACACAGAAAUCAAACUCAUCUUUGGCGUGCUUGCUGUUGGUGAUAUUUGGAAUUGUCCUGCUCAUUGUGAUCAUAAUCAUGGCAACUUGAUUGGCUGGAAGCUGUGGGGAUUUGAUUAUUUCCGUAAGAUUCAUUGCAGUUGAUGUGUAAGAAACAUGAAAAGUCAACGGCUAAUCUCAUGUAACAUGCGAGGGUCAUAUAGAGCUAUAAGGUCGAUUUAAUUGGAAAAAUAUUCCAAGGAUUUCUCAUGUCAGACAUAGAACUCUCUAUAUAAAUUUCUAUGAGGAAUGUUUUAUCACCAUUCAUAUUGUAGCGAGAUUUGUGUACCUUUAGACUAUAUUCUAUUAAUUAUAGAGGAUUAUGAAAGACAAUUUUGAAGAUAAAAAUGAGUGGUGAUAAGAUAUUUUCUAUUAUAAAAAUUUCUUAUGAGAUUCUGUUCUUGGCAUGUGAGCUAAUGAAGAGAAAAUUAUGAAGAAUGAAGGAGAUGUGAAAUGUAAAGAACGAAAAGUAAGUAUAGGGAUGAAUGAAUUUUCUCUUUUUAUUUCUCUUUC